GUGGGCAAUGGCGGCUCAUAUUCGCCGACCACGCGGGCAUUUGCGCCGUCUAUUCCAAUCGCCGAAUUCCUCGGCUGCUGCUACUCGGGGACUAACCUAUGUAGUAGUUUUGACCCAUAAAUAGACAAGUCGGCGGCAUUAAUGGCAAACAACUCUUCUAUCUAGGCAUCUACUUAAAUAAACGCCGCCCUAGCGAAACGAAAAGAAAAGAGAAAAAAACAAUUACGCGUUUAUCUAUCGAAGCUAUACUGGCCAUUAAUCUCUAAGAACCAUCUUACCUCAGACACAAGACUAAUUCCCUCACGAUGUGUAUGAAAGCCAAUUGCUCCACCUGCCGUAAGUUACAGAGAGUAUAUAAAUACCUAGUUACUCAUCAAAUCUAUACUAUCUCUGAUAUAUACCUAACAUGCCUCUCGCUAGACAAAACUACGUGGGUCGGCUGCGGAAGCCACAUUUCUUCCGUCCUAGACAACAUCCCACCGCAAGACUGGUGUGUCUGUGAGCCCAAGGUAGAGGUGAACGAUAAGAAGUAUCCUCCGGGGGCUAAAUUUUGAUUCGAAUUGAAAGUCAUGGGCAGGCGUAUGGGGUGAUGGCGGAGUUGCAAGGGUAGAGGUUAGAAAUUAGUAUGGGUUAGGAUGAGAAUUGAGAAAUGCACCAAUACAUAUAAUACGUAGUUGAAACUUGAAAUUUUAACUUUAU